AGAGAGAGAGCAAGAGAGAGAGCAAGAGAGAGGAGAGGCUCACGGGGAAGCUCUGAGGGGCAACAGAUCUGGUUUGCUCGGCUGAAAGACCAAACAAGAGAUGGAUUUUUGCACAACGUGAGAGAGGAGCAGCUGCUUCGCAUAAGAAAAAUAAAGUCAGGAUGUCUGGGAUUGACGUUCCGUUGAUGGACCAAAACGAGACCGGAAUCUCGUCAGUAGACAAUGGGACUUUCCUCCGUUUCUCCCCGACCUCUGCCUCCACAUCUGCGGCCGCCUCAUCUCCGGGGCGUCCAGGGAAUGUUUAUGUUUAUGUAUGGCUCUUUCUCGGCCUGCUGGUGUUCCUUCUGACGCUGCUCGUCAUUUCCCUACACAGGCUCAAGAACAUCAUCUCCUCUUCUUCCUCUGUCCCCGACUGCAGCAGCGAGGGAGGAAGCUCCUUCACCAACAUGGAGAUAUGUAGCAUCUCAUCUCAGAGGUCCACCAUCUCUGCACUCUCCACCUGAGGGAUGUGGGAGGGAGCACAUACAGUACAGACAUAUGCACAUGUGCUCUCAUUCGUGCAUGCCCAUGCAAACAAAGGCAAGCAUGCGCACACAUAUAAAGCACACAGAGGUCCAGCACCUCCUCACUGUGACAUACAAACACAAAAACCUUUUGUCAGCCCCAAAGAAGCUGACAUAAUGGCAUUACAGUCCGUGCAUGCAUAUUCUAAUUCUGGCGGGGCCAUGCAAUCUGCAUAGGCACAGGGGAAAUAUCGCUUAUAAUGUGAUGAAGAGGUCUUGAAGGGUGAGUGUGAACGCACCCUUCUGAGUCUUACUUUCACAAUUAAGACAAAUGAAUCUGAGAUUCUGCUCUCCCUUUGCGGGAAACAGCAUAAUGAGGGACUCAUUAUCUUUUCUCCUCUUUUUUUCUUUUUGUCAUUUCUCGUAUUGCACUCGUGUUCAACUUAGAAGAAAUACUAUUGUUUGAAGUGAAGCCUUGUACAGCAUGCUUCAUAAUGUCUGUAGACUACAUUGCAAACUCGGUAUAAAAAUCCUAUUAAAGCUCUUUAACUUUGUACAUGAAGUACAUAGAUGCGUCUCAGCUGUUCAGUAAGGUUUUGGAAAUGAAAAAGCGAGAUACAUCCAAACUGUGAUCACGUCAGGUUGGCUUGUAAUCAUUCAAAGUAUGAAGAAAGGAGGUUGCACAAGAAGAGGACCAAUAACGGUGAUGUGGAUGUGAAGGUAAGAAAGAAAUGAUGCUUGGAGACUUGACAGACAGGCACCCACGGACUCCAGCUCCAGACAGGCCUGGUCAAAAGUGGCAUCAACUACAAGAGAAAAUUCAGAGCCUGAAAGACAGGUCUACCAGCGUGACAGAUUACCACUCUUGCCUGUCAAUUUAUAAGACGUCCGAUCCCAGUCUCCAUAGAGACUACAGCAGCUCUGUGCUGCCAUCAGCUUUUAUUCCAGGCUUCGGUUAGAGAAAUGGUUGUUUACUCUGAAAAUACAUCAUUUACUUAUUUGUUAUUUUUUAAUAUUGUGAGUUGAAGUCUUUUUGACACUGUGACAAAAAUGUAUGGCACGUACAGAGAGAAUUAUUUGAAAACGAUUCAUUCAUCUUUACCACACUUUGUCAGAAAAGUCAAUAAACUGUAAAGACCACAAAGGCUCACAGAUGACAGCCACAAGCAAUAAAAACAGCCAGAGCUGUCAGACUUCUUGACAAAUCCUCACUGUUCUCCAAUUAAUCUGUGUAUUUCAGGUGGUACGGUCUGACAGACUCAGCACUCCCCCAUGUAUAAACUUUAAUCACAAAAUCCCUUCAACUUCUAUACAUGCUGAAACAUCACACUAAUUAAAAAAGAGAUUAGCGGCAAUGCUUUCGUUUAUCAUUUCAAUUAUAAUUGAGGUGUUAAUGGAUUUGUUUGUCUUGCAAAAUUAGGAAAAUGGAUACUAAGCAUAAGAUAAAGCGUCAAAUAUACUGUAAACAAACUGGAUGUAAUUAUUAGCUUUGCUGUAGUUUCACUUCAGCUCAUUCUUCCCAAUCCACGAAUCCCUGGAUUUUAAUUUCUUUUUAAAUGAUUGAAAAAAUGCCACAAAAAUAUAUACAAAAUUAUGUAUCCAUUCAUCUUUUAUUAUUAAUAUUUGGCCAAUUCUGGUAAUAUCUUUAUAAAAACUGCGCUAGACACAUCAAUAAGAUGCCAUGAUUAGGUAUACAAGACCUUAAUAAUUGAAUUUUCGGUGGCUAUACAGCUCAGUGGAAACAAAAGUGGGUACGCGAUAUAGUAAUAAAGCAAUAAUAACCAUAAAUAGAGUGCGGUAUUGAACGUAGUUUUUAGGUGAGCAAUGGUAGAUGUAGUAUAGUAUAAAGUAUAAAUAAAGAGAUUAAUAACUAGGGCUGAUAAUGUGCAAAUAAAAGUAAGUGUAGUUUGUAAUUGUACAGUUAAUGUUUUACAAUAUGUAAACAUAUUGGCCUGAUUUAUGGUUAUUACAAAGUAAUAACUACCGCAAAUAUUUUCAGGUAACAUUGAUAGCAUUAAAUAGCACAUUCAAAUACAGAUUCUUUUAAAACAUGAGGUGGUAUUAAUUUUAAUAUUAAAAUAGUGACCAUAGCCUUAUUAUUUUACUAUAUUUUUUUAUUGUAAUCGGAUUAAUAAACACCCAGGUCAGUCAGUCAAUCAGAUUGUAAAGUGCUGGUCGUUUUAAAGUAAUUAGUUUUAAAUCUAAUUUAAAAAAAAAUAGAAAUCAAAAUGUUUCAGUAUAAAAUUAAGUCAUAUCAUUUUAAUAUUUCAUUUAUAAUUUUAGACUAUGAAAUUCACUUUUAGUGGCAUACAUUGAUACUUAAACUAGUGUUAUUUUCUACUGCCUGGUUGUUUUAACUGUUUGACAUGUAAAUUUUAUCAAAACCAAUGUUUCUCUUAUUUAGAAGCACUUAAAAUAUAAAGAGAUAUAUAUUGUAUAUAUUUAUGAACAAAGAGCUGAGGCAUGUUUAAAAUCUGCAGACCUAGUAUCACGGAGUCAGUGGCUUACUGAAGUGUCCAUGGGCAAGACAUUGAACCCCCAAGUUACUCCCAAUGGCCGUUCAGUGACUUACAUUUGAUGCACUGGAUGAAUAUGAAAGGCGUGUUUUAGAAACUUCAUUAGAAAACAAACAUUUUCUUUCUUCCUGUUAAAAGGGCAUUUUUCCUUCCCACUGCUGCCACGUGCUUGCUCCCAGAAGGUCAUCUGUUGUUUGGGUUUUCUCUUUAUUAUUGUAGUCUUUACAUUAUAAAGCGC